GCGAGGGGAGCGCGCGCGCGUGCGCGUGCGGCCGGGCUCUGGGUCGCGGGAGGUGAAGCGCGGCGAGGAUGGCGGCACGGGGCCGGGGGCUGCGGCCGCUGCUGCUCGCGCUCUCGGGGCUGCUGGCGCUGGGCCCCGGCGCGCCGGCGGCCAAGCUCAACAUCCCCAAGGUGCUGCUGCCCUUCACGCGGGCCACGCGCGUGAACUUCACGCUGGAGGCCUCGGAGGGCUGCUACCGCUGGUCAUCGACCCGGCCGGAGGUGGCCAGCAUCGAGCCGCUGGGCCUGGGCGAGCAGCAGUGCUCCCGGAAGGCCGUGGUGCAGGCCCGCCUGUCCCAGCCCUCUCGCCUGACCAGCAUCGUCUUCGCGGAGGACGUCACCACCGGCCAGGUCCUGCGCUGCGACGCCAUCGUGGACCUCAUCCACGGCAUUCAGAUCGUCUCCACCACCCGCGAGCUCUACCUGGAGGACUCCCCGCUGGAGCUUAAGAUCCAGGCCCUGGACUCGGAAGGAAACACGUUCAGCACCCUGGCCGGGCUGGUCUUUGACUGGAUGAUCGUGAAGGACACAGAGGCCGACGGGUACUCAGACACCCACAACGCGCUCCGCAUCCUGACUUUUUUGGAGUCCACGUACAUCCCUCCCUCCUACAUCUCAGAGAUGGAGAAGGCGGCCAAGCAGGGGGACACCAUCUUGGUGUCCGGGAUGAAGACGGGGAGUUCCAAGCUGAAGGCACGCAUCCAGGAGGCCGUGUACAAGAACGUCCGCCCCGCAGAGGUCAGGCUGCUGAUUUUGGAGAACAUCCUUCUGAACCCAGCUUAUGACGUCUACCUCAUGGUGGGGACAUCCAUCCGCUACAAGGUGCAGAAGAUCAGGCAAGGAAAGAUUACAGAACUCUCAAUGCCCUCUGAUCAGUACGAGCUACAGCUUCAGAACAACGUCUGGGGCCCCGAGGGAGACCCGGGCCGGCCCGUGGCAGUCUUGGCCCAGGACACAUCGUUGGUCACCGCAGUGCAGCUGGGACAGAGCAACCUGGUCCUCGGCCACAGGAGUAUCCGCAUGCAGGGUGCUUCCCGGUUACCCAACAGCACCAUCUACGUGGUGGAACCUGGGUACCUGGGGUUCACAGUCUACCCUGGUGGCAGGUGGGUGCUCGAGACCGGCCGCCUGUACGAAAUCACCGUCGAAGUGCUUGACAAGUCCGGCAACAAGGUCUACCUGUCGGAUAACAUCCACAUCGAAACCAUGCUCCCUGCAGAGUUCUUUGAGGUUCUGGCUUCUUCCCAGAACGGGUCGUACCAUCAUGUCAGGGCGACAAAGAGGGGCCAGACGGCCAUCGAGGCCGCCCUCACCUCCGUGGUGGACCAGGACGGAGGGGUCCACACGUUGCGGGUGCCUGUGUGGAACCAGCAGGAGGUGGAAAUCCACGUCCCCAUCACCCUCUAUCCAAGCAUCUUGACGUUUCCCUGGCAACCAAAGACGGGCGCCUACCAGUACACGAUAAAGGCCCAUGGUGGGAGUGGGAACUUCAGCUGGUCUUCCUCGAGCUCUCUGGUUGCCACGGUUACCGUCAAGGGCGUGAUGACCACAGGCAGUGACACUGGACUCAGUGUGAUCCAGGCACAUGAUGUGCAGAACCCGCUACAUUUCGGUGAGAUGAAGGUGUACGUGAUCGAGCCCAGCGGCAUGGAGUUCGCCCCGUGCCCCGUGGAGGCCAGCAUGGGCCAGAGCCUGGAGCUGCCCCUGAGGAUCCACGGCCUCAUGCCCGGUGGGGCUGACGAGGUGGUCACGCUGAGCGACUGCUCCCACUUCGACUUGGCGGUGGAGAUGGAGAAUCAGGGCGUGUUCCAGCCGCUCCCAGGGAGGCUGCGGCCGGGGCCUGAGCACUGCAGCGGUGUCACGGUGAGGGCAGAGGCCCAGGGCUAUACCGCGCUCCUUGUGAGCUACAAGCACGGCCACGUCCACCUGAGCGCCCGCAUCACCAUUGCCGCCUACCUGCCCCUCAAGGCUGUGGACCCCUCCUCUGUCGCCUUGGUGACCCUCGGCUCCUCAAAGGAGAUGCUCUUCGAGGGGGGUCCCAGACCCUGGGUCCUGGAACCUUCCAAGUUCUUCCGCAACGUCACCUCUGAGGACAUGGACAGCGUCAGUCUGGCUCUCUUUGGGCCCCCUGCCGCCCGGAAUCACCAGCAACACUGGAUCCUCGUGACCUGCCAGGUCUUGGGAGAGCAGGUCAUCGCCCUCACGGUGGGGAAUAGGCCCAGCCUCACGAACCCCUUCCCGGCGCUGGAGCCCGCCGUGGUGAAGUUCGUGUGUGCGCCGCCCUCCAGGCUCACCCUGACGCCCGUCUACGCCAGCCCGCAGCUGGACCUGUCCUGCCCGCUGCUGCAGCAGAACAAGCAGGUGGUCCCGGUCUCCAGCCAUCGCAACCCCCUGCUGGACCUGGCCGCCUACGACCAGCAGGGCCGCAGGUUCGACAAUUUCAGCUCGCUGACCAUCCAGUGGGAGUCCAGCAGGCCGUCGCUGGCCAGCGUCGAGCUGGACCCACCCUUGCAGCUGGUGUCCCGGGACGAUGGGAGCGGCCAAAAGAAGUUGCACGGUUUGCAGGCCAUUUCAGUUCACCAGGCCUCGGGCACCACGGCCAUCUCUGCCACCGCCACGGGCUACCAGCAGUCCCACCUGGACGUGGCCAGAGUGAAGCAGCCGCACCAUCCCCUCGUGCCCGUGUCGGCCUCCAUCGAACUCAUGCUGGUGGAGGACGUGAGGGUCAGUCCGGAAGAGGUGGCCAUCUACAACCACCCUGGCGUACAGGCAGAGCUGCACAUCCGAGAAGGCUCUGGCUACUUCUUCCUCAACACCAGCAGUGCAGAUGUGGUCAGCGUGGCCUAUCAGGAAGCCCGGGGCAUCGCCACGGUACGCCCUUUGCUCCCGGGCACCUCAACCAUCAUGAUCCACGACUUGUGCUUAGCCUUCCCGGCCCCGGCCAAGGCUGACGUUUAUGUCUCGGACAUUCAGGAGCUGUACAUCCGUGUGGUGGACAAGGUGGAGAUUGGGAAGACGGUCAAGGCAUAUGUUCGCGUGCUGGACUUCCACAAGAAGCCUUUCCUGGCCAAGUACUUGGCCUUCAUGGACCUGAAGCUCCGGGCAGCCUCCCAGAUUGUCACGCUGGCGGCCCUCGACGAGGCCCCAGACGACUACACCGCCGUGUUCCGUGUCCACGGCGUGGCCAUUGGCCAGACCAGUCUCACCGCAACCGUGACCGAUAAGGCCGGACAGAGAAUCAACUCAGCCCCACAGCAGAUUGAGGUCUUUCCCCCGUUUAGGUUGAUACCCAGGAAGGUGACGCUGAUUAUCGGGGCCACGAUGCAGAUCACCUCUGAGGGCGGCCCCCAGCCUCAGUCCAACAUCCUCUUCUCCAUCAGCAACGAGAGCGUGGCGCUGGUGGGCGGCGCCGGGCUGGUGCGAGGCCUCGCCGUGGGCCACGGCGCCGUGUCGGGGGUCGUGCAGGCCGUGGAUGCCGAGAGCGGCAGGCUCGUCGUCGUGUCGCAGGAUCUCGUGGAGGUGGAGGUCUCGCUGCUGCAGGCUGUGAGGAUCCGCGCCCCCAUCACUCGGAUGAGGACGGGGACCCAGAUGCCUGUCUACGUCACCGGGAUCACCAACAACCAGAACCCUUUCUCCUUCGGCAAUGCCGUGCCGGGCCUGACCUUCCACUGGUCUGUCACCAAGCGAGACAUCCUGGACGUCUGGGGGCGGCACCACGAGGCAUCGCUCCGGCUGCCGUCGCAGUACAACUUUGCCAUGAACGUGCACGGCCGGGUGAAGGGCCGCACCGGGCUGAGGGUGGUGGUCAAGGCCCUGGACCCCACAGCCGGGCAGCUGCUGGGCCUCGCCAAAGAGCUCUCUGACGAGAUCCAAAUCCAGGUGUUUGAAAAGCUGCGGCUGCUGAACCCCGAAAUAGAAGCAGAACACGUGUUAAUGUCACCCAACUCAUUUGUCAAGCUCCAGACAAACAGGGAUGGUGCCGCCUCUCUGAGCUAUCGUGUCCUGGACGGACCUGAGAAGGUUCCCAUCGUGCACGUUGAUGAGAAAGGCUUCCUGGUGUCGGGGUCCAUAAUCGGGACAUCCACGGUUGAAGUGACUGCCCAAGAGGCUUUUGGGGCCAACCAGACCAUCAUCGUGGCUGUCAAGGUGUCCCCUGUUUCCUACCUGAGGAUCUCCAUGAGCCCCGCCCUGCACACCCAGAACAAGGAGGCUCUGGCGGCCCUGCCCCUGGGAGUGACUGUGACUUUCACCGUCCACUUCCACGACAACUCCGGAGACGUCUUCCAUGCUCACAACUCUGUCCUCAACUUUGCAACUAACAGGGACGAGUUUGUGCAGAUCGGGAAGGGCGCCACCAACAACACCUGCGUGGUCCGCGCAGUCAGCGUGGGCCUGACACUGCUCAGAGCGUGGGACGCGGCGCACGGCGGCCUCUCUGACUUCGUCCCGCUGCCUGUCCUGCAGGCCAUCUCCCCCGAGCUGUCCGGAGCAGUGGUGGUGGGGGACGUCCUCUGUCUGGCCACAGUUCUGGUCAGCCUGGAAGGCGUCCCCGGGACCUGGAGCUCAUCAGCCCGCAGCGUCCUCCAUGUCGACCCCAAGACGGGCGUGGCCGUGGCCCGGGAAGCGGGAUCUGUGACCGUUUACUACGAGCUCGCCGGGCACCUGAAGACCUACAAGGAGAUAGUGGUCAGCGUCCCACAGAGGAUCGUGGCCCGGUACGCCCGCCCCGUCCAGACCGGCUUCCAGGAGGUUGCGGCCUCCAAAGUGAUGGUCACCGUGGGAGACCGGAGCGCUAACCUGAGAGGUGAGUGCUCCCCCGGCCAGGUGGAAAGCAUCGCAGCCCUGCACCCAGAAUCCCUCCUCGGCUGCCAGCUACAGUUCAAGCAAGACAUCUUCGACUUCCCAGCCCGUGAGGUUUUCACCGUAGAACCGGAGUUUGACGCUGCCCUGGGCCGGUACCUCUGCUCGGUGACAAUGCUCAGGCUUACAGACAAGCAGCUGAGGCACCUGAGCCUGAAGAGGACAGCACUGCUGGUCACCCCCUCCCUCCCAGGCAGCCACUUCUCCGGAGAGCAGGUCGGGGCCGAGGUGCCCUUCAGCCCAGGGCUUUACACUGACCAGGCUGAAAUCCUUUUGAGCAACCACUACACCAACUCCGAGGUCAAGGUCUUUGGGGCCAUGGAAGUUCUGGAGAACCUGGAGGUGAAGUCAGGGUCCCCGGCCGUGCUGGCCUUCGCGAAGGAGAAGUCUCUGGGGCUGCCCAGCUUCGUCACCUACACAGUCGGCAUCUCGGACCCCACGGCCGGCAGCCAGGGGCCUCUGUCCACCACCCUGACCUUCUCCAGCCCCACCACUAACCAGGCCAUCACCAUCCCCGUCACCGUGGCCUUCGUGAUGGAUCGCCGGGGACCUGGUGCUCACGGCGCCGGCCUCUUCCAGCACAUCCUGGACUCCUACCAGGUCAUGUUCUUCACGCUGUUUGCCCUGCUGGCCGGGACCGCGGUCACGAUCAUAGCCUACCACGCGGUCUGCACGCCCCGGGAGCCCGCCACGCCACCGGCCCUCUCGCCGCGAGCCAGCCCUCGGCACAGCCCACACUAUGUUCCUGCCUCAUCGCCAACGCCUUUCAACGCGCUGCUUCCUGCUCGCAGAGCCAGCCCUCCCUCAGGGCUGUGGAGCCGGGUGUACCCCUCCCACUAGUCAGCAGGGCCAGGACCCCCGUGCCUCCACCACCC